CCGACCGCCGGCCGAGGAGGAUGGCGCUCGAGGCACUGCGCUUGGGGCUGUUGCUCCUGGUCUGCUGGGACUCGGCAGCCUCUUUGAACACUCAAUUUGCUCACCCUUCAGAAUACAGAACACCAAACUGCAAUCAGUAUAAAUUACCAGGAUGUCCCAGGGACUUUAGCCCUGUGUGUGGAAGUGACAUGUCCACGUAUCCCAAUGAGUGUACUCUGUGCAUGAAAAUCAGGGAAGAUGGUCAUGAUAUUAAAAUAAUCCAAAGUGGACCAUGCUGAUGGAACAGUUCACAGAAGAGAAAUUGGAGAAACCACCUUUAACAGCACACUAAAUGAAUUUCAUCUUCCCUUUUUCUCUUUUCCUAUGUUACUCUGUGUGAAAUGUUAACCCACAUUUUCUGAGAUGAGGUAUGGAAGAGAGCCAUAGACUGUGACUAAUAAUUAAAACAAACAAACAAAGAUACUUGUUUCUUGGCUUUUGCGCCUUGAGUUAAGCUUAUUGCCCAGAUGACUUAUGUGCUGCUUUAUUUAGUUGGAAUAAAAUCAGCAUCGUAUUCAAUUA